GAUUCGAGUAAGGUAAGACCUAUAUUGGGAUGACAUACUUUCCAUACAGAUAUGAAUAAUAGAAAAUUAUCAACUGUGAAGCUCACCAAGCAUUUCAAUGGGGAGCUACGCAAGCUCGGAACAAAAGCUGGCCAAAGUUCGACAAACUGUCUACUGAGAUGACGGUGAGUGCCAGGCAAGUGGUGAUCAGCUGAGAACGAUGCCUUUCCUCCUUGUUUCAGUUGUGGUCUGGCGGUGUGACACUGAGGAUAUAUACGGUGAAGAACUGGCGCCAUUUUCGAUUGCAUUGGUAAUAAUAAGCAGAUAAUUCAUUGGACGGUCAUAAUAAAAAGCGUUUCCAUUUUGUUACUGAAUAUUUUAGGUGAAUUAAAUUGGAUUUAUACCAGUUCAUCUUGAGGAAUAAGGCAAGGGAAGCUUUUCUACCAUAGGUGAAGGGAGACUCUCUCCCACCUUACCUGUCAGCCAUGGGAGUACUUGCCCAGGUGGGACUACUUCUUUGGAAGAAUACCAAACUCAAGACAAGAAGCCCGCUGCUCACAGUCACGACUUUGCUGUGGCCGAUCAUCAUCUUCGCCGUCAUCGCCAUUAUACGAGAUAGAAUACCACCAGUGCGAGAAGAGGAAUGUCAUUUUCAGCCACAAGCACUGCCCAGUGUAGGGACUGUCGAUUUCAUGCAGUCAAUGAUGUGCGAUAUCGAGACAAGGUGUGAGAGCGCCGAUGAAGUUCCCAAGUCAAAUGAACCUCCUACAUUCGGAGCAAGUGUUGGCUUGCUACUCGAUGACUUAGGGCCUUUGUUUGAGGGGGAGUCAACGAUUGUGGACGACAUUGAAAUGCUGUCUGGUACACUCGACCCGCUGAUUAAUCUCACACAUACAUUGGAAGAUGUAUACAACACAAUCAAUGAUCAAGACCUUUAUAUCGAUGACUUCUUCAUGAAUAGUGCCAAGCUGAGAAGCGACUUAUUAAAGAUCUUCAAUGGUUCGGAGGCUGAAAUCGAAUUGAUUGAAGGAAUGUUGGGAGCUAAAAUCAACGUGCUUGAGCUUCUGGAUGUGAUCGGGUAUUCCGAUUCUACGAGUUUGGUGUGCAAUGCCUCAGCGCUGCAGAAAUACGUCAUCUUCCCUUCCAAUACCAACGUGGAUAAAAUUGCCUCUUCUCUCUGCAGUCUGAAGAGAAAAGAUGUUGAGAGGAUUAUAAAUAUCGUAUUGCAAGAACUAGACGUUCAUUACAUUGCGGACGAGGUGACCGAUUUUCUCCGCGCAUUGGAUCGCUAUGGGCUGGAGAAUUUCACCCGGGAUGUGUUAGAUAUCCAAGAACAACUGGAAAAUAUCACGGCACUGAGUGAUUUUGUAGACGUACUUCCCCAACUCCUCCAGCUAACCCAGCUUAUUCCAGACAUUCAGAGGUUUUUUGAAGCGAUACAAGAUGGGGAUAUAGAGAGGACCCUCUACGGGUUGAGGAGAAUAAUUGCUACGAUUGAUUGGGAAGGCGCUCCACCUUGGUGGUCAGAUGUCCAAGAUAUUCUAUCUCGUAUUACUGACAUUGUUUCUAUGAUCUCUGACAUGGUCAUUGAUAUCCAAGGUGUGGCCUUUAAAGAUAUCUUCACUGAUGGAAAAGUGAUGGAGAUCGUCAAGAUGUUCAAUAUCAGUAGAGACUCAAUUUCAGCCCUUCUUAAUGCAACCAUUCAAAACGACAAGAUCUCAGAUUUCAUUGUUCUUCUCUACAACCCUGAUGCAUACUGCCAGGGAAUGGCAAACCUUGAUGACUUUUUUACUGUAGAGGGCACCAUUGAUGAAGAUGCGUUAAGGAAUUUGCUCUGCAAACCUCACAAUGGCACAUCAUUCUUAGAAGCUCUGCUCGGUGAAUUCACCGAUGGGAAAAGCAUUCAAGAAAUCUUAGAGGGCCUGCAGGGAGUGUUCCAGCCAGUUGAAGUCGGGCUGGAAAUAGGAUCGCUGAUCAAUCAGACCCUUCAGAUCUUUGAAGGAUUAGAACAGCUUCCAGAUUUCAUCAAAGAGCUUCCAUACCUCAUUCAAGGUCUCGGUGAUCACCAGUUAUCUCCUCUGAUCAACUUGAUCUCUAUCUUCCAGAAUCAAUCUUUUGAGAACAUACAAGGAGUGUUAAUUGAGGUACUGAUUGAGGGAUCUACAGUUGCAGAAAGCAUGUUCGUACAGUUUGACUUCUGGCCUAUCAUCCAGCAGCAAUUGGUGUACCAGAUUGUUAUUCUUGAUGCGCAAGUAGCGGUCAUUGAAAGAGUUCUUAAUGGUGCCCUUGUUGAUGCCUUUAAAGAUGACCCCUUCACCCAGGUCGGGGAACUGUUCCUAGAAUUCGGACCAAACAUCACUGAAGCUAUCCUCUCAACAUUCCUUGAUCCAGCCAAAAUAGAGGAACUUAUGUCAAUGUCCCCAGAAGACCAGCAAUUAGUCUUGUGUUCAGACUUCAUUGAGUAUCCUCCUGGUCUAGAUGUGUCCUACGCUAAGGAAGAAUUGUGUAAAGUUGACGCGGCAGAGCUAUAUCCAAGUCACGUCGAAGUGUGGGCUUCUUACUUCCCUGAAGCUGUAUAUGCCAUUAACUUCAUCAACAUGCUGUCCACUGGAAACCUGUCAUCUAUCCCACCUGAACUCCUGGCCAAUGCAACCUUCAGGAAUCUCAUCUACAAGCAAUUAGAACUUCAGCAACUUCUUGACAGCGCCUUGAAGAAUGGGUAUAGCCUUGACGGUUUCUUCGCCGAUCUAGCGGAGGAUGUGUAUGUGACGGGAACAGCAGAUGAAUGGAACGCAAUGUUGAACAGGCUUGUUGCAAACUCCAUCCCUGCCUUGGGCGAAUCUGUUUUACUUGGUGAAUUUGAGUCAGUGUUAGACUCCUUGGAAGACAUUCCAGGUGUCCAUUCCUUUUUAGCAGUACAAGCCAUUGAGGACAUCAUCAUACAAGAUCUCAAUAUUCUAUUCUCCAUUUUUAACUCUUUGAGCAGAGGAGAGGUUCUCCCAUAUGGUGGAGAGACUGAGAAACUACUCCGGGGUAUUGUUUUCCUGAACCAACAAGGGAACGCCAUCCAGGCGGCCAUUGUAGAAGCAUAUCAAGAUCCCGCUAAGGCAUUGGCUCUUGGCAGUACAACGGACAUCACCUUAAUCCUGUGUAAUGCAACCCUCCGGGACUCCCUCCUAGAUCUGACAUCCGUAGACGUCAGUCUCCUGGACUCCAGCCUCUGCAGUGUGAACUAUGAGCUCUUGAUCAAUGAAACCAUCACGCUGAUGCAGAUUGAGAGACUCUUUUUCUUGUUUGACUACAUCAAAUGGGGCUGGACAGACCCCAUAGGCCUGAACAUUACUGCAGUAGGUAUUCAUACCAAUGAACUGGUAGCCACCAUGUCGCAGGUGGGCGAAUCCUGGCAGAACUGGAUUGAACUGGUUGUGAACGGUUCUGACUGGCUGUCUCUCACAUCCCAGUUUACCCCUCAACCAUGGAUGCAGGCACUGAAUGUCACAUUUGAUAUAAGCUCCUUGUGGAAUUUGAAUGCUCUGCUUCAAGAAUUUAAUGUAAUGAACAUAACCAUUAUGAUUGAGGACCUUGUUGCAACGCUGGUGCCAGACAGUGAAGUGGUUCUCCAUAAAGUUGCCACGAUGGAGUAUGCAGUUCUCCAGGUUGUGCAUGGAGCCAACAAUGCAUUCAGGCUCCUGCAAGGAGUCAGCGAGGGUGUGAUCAUCGAGGACCUGCAAGGAAAUGAAACGGCCAAGGCCAUUGAAGCUCUCCUGGAGGUCGAUCUCAUCAGACUUAGCAAUGUUCUAUCAGACCCAGAGGUGAUUGUUGUAGUAUCUCAGGCUGGCUAUCUACCCUUCUUCUGCAAUGCCACCAUACGCGAUGUCAUCCUUGACUUGCCUGGCAAGGGCGUUGACACCUCUCUCUUUGAUAGGACCAUCUGUACCAUUGAUUGGCAAAGACUCUCUGAGGAGCUUUAUGUGUUUCUCAAUGGGCCUCAGGUUGAAGAAUGGCUUACAAAGUACAUGUUCCCCAGCGGUGAAUUAUUGAAGCCUUCUGAAAUUGCGUGGGACACAGAAGUAGCCACGUUGGAGCUCUUCUUCAGGAAUUUGGGAAAUAUCACUGCUAUCCUUCGAGGCCUAGGAGAGCAACUGGAUAUUGACAAGAUGCUAGCUUACUAUGAGACUCAGUGGAUCACUGACAUCAUUGGUGUCUACCCAACCAACAACACAGACUUCUUAGAUGUUCUGACGGAGCAGCUGAACAUGGUCUGGAAGCAACUAGACGAUUCCCUCGCUGAAGUUCCAGGAUGGGAUCAGUAUAGGACCAACGUCUAUAUUAUACUAUCGGCCAUUGAACAGAUUACAACUAUGAACACUACAGGAGUACCAUCCUUUACCUUGGGCAGUAUUGUGCCCAACGUAACUGAAUUGGUCGUCCUCCUGAGGGAGAUUCCAAAUCUCAGUGAUGACAUUAUAUACCAGCUCCUCAAUGCUCCCAUCGAUCCUGCCAUGCUGAUUGAGUUAGCAUCAUCUAACAGCUGGAAUGAGACCCUUUGCGAUGCAGACCUACUGAGUGGUAUCUUCAUUGAACCAGCUGGACUUAACAUGACCCAGCUUCAGGGGGUGCUGUGCAGCAUCGAUUUCCAAGCUAUAAUUGAUCAGUUGUCGCAAGGAACUGGUAUUGAGCAUCUCGUUUCUAUGAUAAUUGAUCAAAUCAUCAACUUCAAUGGAGGAGAUGAUUUUGGCAUUGGUGAUUAUGAUCCAGCACAGUGGGCUUCUAGACUGGAACAACUUAUCAAGUCAUAUGAUUUACAAAAUAUACAAGGGUUCAUUGAAUCACUUGCUAAUGAGUUCAUAAUGAUAUAUGAAGACAUUGAUGGCAUGCUGGAGAAUGUGACCGGCUGGAAUGAAUUCAAAGCUGACUUUAGCAUCUUUCUAACCUUCCUUAACUACACAACAUCUUACCUUGGCAAUGGGACUAAUGGGGAAGAGCCGAUCUCCCUGUCGAUGCUGGUACCCAAUGCCACAGAGCUGGAGCUCUUCUUGGCCCAGAACACACCCUUCAGUCCUGAAAUCAUCAGUGCAAUCAUCUACACUCCUAUAAACCCUACAAAGCUUAUUGAGUUGGCUAUUUCAAACAACUGGAAUUCAACCCUAUGCAGUGAAGAGGGUCUACGCAUGCUCUUUAUUAUCCCUGAGGGAUACAAUGUGACAAUGCUACAGGGAGCACUGUGCAGUGUGGAUUUUCAGAAUACGUUGAUGGAAUUGAUGGCAAAUGGGGCCAUUGAAAGCAUCAUUUCAGUGAUUAUUGAUGAGUUAUACUUGAGUAUCAUCCCGGAACUCACAAUACCAGGCUUUGAUUUGGAACUCCUAACCGACCUCAUCCCCAAAAUAAUCGCCACAGUACGAGCGGGAAACGUGCAGAACUUACCUCAAUACUUUGAAAGCUUGAACAGCCUUACAGAAAUGUUUGCCAAUGAAACAUGGUACAGAGACCUCGUCACGCAACUUCAGUUUGUGGAUUUUCUCACAAAGACAUUUGCCGAUAAGAUCAUAGUGCUGGAAGGCCGGUCGAUUACAUAUCCAAGCCUCGGGAAUCUCCUGGCAAACUCCUCUGAGAUUCAACGGCUUCUUCUUGAUGAUUACCAGGUCGGGUUCGGUCUUGUAGAAGGGAUGAUGACACUUGCUUUACAACCUGAUAAGCUUAUAUCAUUCUUCAACAUGACCAAUCCAUUUCUAACUCUGUGUGCCAAUGGUCAGUUCUCGGAUUUCUUCUACUCACCACUUAAUCCUGACCAGGAUGUUGCAAGCCUUGAGGAGGCUAUCUGUAAGGUCAAUCCUGAACAACUAAUCCUGGAACUCAAAGAUCUUGUGUCAUUUGAUGACCUCCUUGAACAGAUCCAAUAUCUGGACUCUAGCAACAGAACCAUCUCCUAUAACUGGACGUCAGGUUAUCUAGCCCAGGAGGGUCUUAGCCAGGCCAUAGAACGUCUCAUCGUCAAUCCUCCUCAGCUGUCCUUCGAUGAAGCCUGGGUCAAUGAGACUCUGGUGACACUGAUAGGUCUGGCUGACCGGUUGAACAGGGCGCAGCAGAUGCUUUAUGGAGGGUCUCCUUCAGAUAUAUCAAAUUCCUUUACUAGUCUAGCGUUGAUGUUAGAGCAAGGUAUCAUGGCCAACCAGUCCUGGGCUAUUGACAUGGCUUCUUCGCUGAGGACAAUCAAUGCUGUUCUGGAAUACACCAACAGCAAACUCUGGGCACUUCCAGGGAGGAACAUCACGCUACAGGAUUUGCUUCCACCAGAUAUCGCUACUGCCAUCGAGGCCAACUCGGACCUCACCCCUGAUAUCAUUACCAUGCUCCUGCACGGGUCUGUUGAUACAGGUUUGUUGCUACUGGCCAAUGAAACAUGGUUAGAUGCCAUUUGCUCUGAUGCCCAAUACAUGAGCAUGUACGUCACGUUACCUCCUGAAGUGGAUGUAGAGGCUGCCCGUCAAGCUAUUUGCCUCGUGAACUAUGACCAGUGGGCAUUGGCAUACAUGCAGGAGAUACAGACUAUCUUGAUUGAGAUUGAGAGUGGGAAAGAUGUUAACUUCACCUCCAUCAUAGAAAACUUCCAGAAACUAGCCUUUGGUAUCCAGACUAUCAUUGAGAAUCCGCCGACCCUGUUGAAAUACAAUGAAGAGUGGUUCCAAAGCAUCGUUCAACGGACUGAAUAUCUUCUUGUGACCACACUCACAUCAUUCAAUGAGACUAGAUUCCUCAUGAGUGUGGGUAAUCUUCCCAUGUUGAUCAAUCAGGUCUGGAAUGAGAUCGCAACAUCUGAUCCAACUCUCCUGAUACAAGCCAGGUUGAAUGAUUACAUCACACAGGUGCUUCUUGAUAUGCUCCAGAUGUUUCAAGGUGGCACUUACACACUCCCAAGGCUGGAUGAGUUGUUUGGAGAUACUGUGUAUGUGAGAGAACUGCUCAGUCACAGCGACAUCGCCCCUGAGAUCAUAGACACUUUCAUGACCCUCGUUGUAGACCAACAGAAGCUAAUAUACCUGAUAACCACACCUAAUGUCUUUGUGGAACUAUGUGAGUCUGGGCAAUUCUCAACAUUUUUCCUGCUUCCUCCGGGCUCCCCCACCGACAUCACGCAGGUAGAAGAGGCAUUCUGCACAACUAAUCUUACCUUGGUCCUCGCCGAGCUAGAUCAGAAGUUCAAGUUCUCUGACAUCGCCACGCAGAUUGAGCGAAUCAUUUCCGGCGAUCCCACCCUACCUCCGUUCAACCAGACCGCUGCCUCCAUACGCAUGCUGGAGUUCUCUAACCUGAUUGGAGCCCUCGUCAUGAACCCACCGAAUGUGAACGUUGACCUCAUGUGGUGGGAGAAUGUCUAUAACAGGUCGGAGGUCAUCGUAAAUCAGUGGCUACAGAGGUUGACUGAGCAGGCCCUGAAUGGGAGCAGUAUACCUGGACUUGACAUGGUUCUUCUUCAGCUGGAGACAUUAGACAUUCCUGGUUUCAAUGUGUCUAUGCUGGAGGGAUGGUUGCAGCAAGUCCAAUUGAUGGACUAUAUAAAUGGUGUUGUCACUGAUUUGUUAACAAACAACAAUGGUACAGACUUUGCCAUUCCUACGUUCAGUGAACUGUUUCCUGACCCUACAAUCCUUGUGGACUUGUUGACUGAUCUACAAGUUUCUGAGGAGGUCAUCGAUGCUUUCUUAGGUUUGGCUGUUCAGGCAGAUAAGUGGACACAGGUGUGGUUGAACCAUGACCCUCUCCAAGCAGUGUGUAAUUCCGGUCUCCUCCAAGAGACCUUCAACCAGACACUCAAUUCCUCUCUUGAUGUCGGGACCAUCCAGAUGAUAUUCUGCUCCCUCAACCUGACAAGUGUCGAUGCUCUCUUGAAUGAUAUCUUCCAAGCAAACAGUAUGAUCGUUCAGAUCUCACUCUUGCUCUACAAUGACCCCAACUUGGAUUGGCAAGAAGCGUGGAAUACGAGUGUGCGAUUUAAUCAAAUGUUCAGUGAGUUAUUCCGGAAUCCCCCUGUCACAGAACAAGACAUUAAGCAGGUUGCUCUUACACUUUUUGCUGAAUUGGAGAGUAUGCUUAGGAUGUAUGACGUUUGGGAUGAUGCUGAACAUUUCCUGAAAUACGUUGAAUUAUAUCUUCAAGUCAUAGAGCAUCACCUUGGAAACUCCAUUAACUUUACAAAGGAUUUGUUUGACCCAGCUGUGCCUCUGGAUAGAUUGGUCCGCUAUGUUGGAAUGACCCCUGAUGAAAUACGUACAGCUCUACUAGGAGAUAUUACAGAUAUAUUCUUGCUUGCUAACUUGUACUAUCGUGAAGGGAACUGGAACCACCUGUAUUAUUGUGAUGACAAAGAGCAGUUUGAGUCCAUUUAUAAUACCACCAAUGAUGGCAUCCUUGACCUGUUUGCUGUGAGAGAGGCAUUCUGUUCAGUGAACAUCUCAGAGUUCUUUGAGACCGCCAAGAAUAUCUACGGCAUUGACUUCAUGCGGCUGACCGAACUUGGCUACAUAAGGAGUCGGAAUAGUUCAGAUCCUGGUCUGAACAUCGAGUCUCUUAUUGAUCUUGCAACGGAUGUAGUCCAGAUGAUUACAGAUCUUGUUAGUCUACCUCCUCUGCUGACUCAAGACCUAGACCUGGACUUCUUUGUAAUAAGACUGACAAACCUCUCCACUGCUCUCAAUGAGCAAGAUUUCGAUGAACUGAUCAUACUUUUGGGUGAGCUUGCUCCAUUGCUUCAAUCACCUGAUGUCGUUUACCAGCUUCAGGCUUCUCUGUUGUCUGGGAGAGACAUCAUGACGUGGUUUGCUGCUUUAGAAUCAACAGGUCCUGUGCCUUUGCUUGAACAGAUCGAAGCAACAUUGAAUGAGACCCUCUUGUGGCACUCCAUACUACCGGCUCUCAACUUUGUUGAUCUGCUCAUCCAAGCUGAUGUAGAUGCGCUCAAUCCUCUUGGGUACAGGUUCUUGGACCUGAUAACAAAUGAGACGGCCCUGCAGCAGUACCUGACAGACCUUCUAGGACUGGCUCCUGAGUAUGCAGAGGCAAUCACGCUGUCAGGAAUCAAAGAUGUUUUUGUGCUUGCGUCCCAUCACCUGUCUGGGACUUGGGAGUCGACGUAUUGCGUAACAGUAGCUCCGGCCAAUAGCACAGAUUUCAAUCUGACUGCCGUGUACUCCCUCCUGUGUAACCUUGAUCGUGAGCAGUUCUUUGAGAGCCUUAGCAGUCUCAUGGGCAUUGAUGUCUUGGAAUUGACACAAUGGAUUGGUGAUCUCGCUUCUCCAGAGAGAAUGGAAAAGAGAUUUGACUGGCAAACAAUAGUAGACAAUGUACAAUCCUACAUUGAUAUGCUUAAUGACCUGGCUAGUAUAGGGCAGAUCGGAGGGGUCAAUGUGACUCAGGUGGAGGCUCUUAUUCAGAAACUCCAGCAAGGAAUAGAGCAGUUUGAUUAUGAAGUGUUGAUUGAGCAAAUGGAGAUCCUAAACCAAAUUCUAUACUUGGAUGGUGAAUGGGACAACAUCAAAGGUUACAUGAAUGCUGUCACUAACAUUGUUGAAUGGAUAAAUCAACGACUAGACACUGCUGAUGCUAAUAUUGUAACUCUGGUUGAGUUGAUCAGCCAUCAUGCAACAGCUUUUCAGAAUCUUCUAUCAUCACUUGGCCAUGAGCUUUUUUUCCAGCUUCUUACAUCUAAUGUCAAUCCCGACCAGGCAAUGGCAUUGCAAACAGAAAAUGAUAUCAACAUGGUCGUCUGUGAUAAAGAUUCUUUUGAUGAGCUGCUCCAAAAUGCUAUGUACCCUGACACAAACUAUCUUCAGGAGGUGCUCUGUUCUCAUGUCUCAACGGGUCACCCAACCAUGGCGAAUGACCUUUUGACCCACUUCAGCAUUGCACCAUUAGAGCAUGAGAUCACUGUCCUUACAACAGACAACUUCAGGAAUGGCUUUCAGGACCAGGAUGUUGAUAUGCGCCACACGAUCAAUGAAUUUGAGAAACUUUCAAAUGGACUUCUCACCUUGACCAUUAAUGGGAUUUUGGGCAAUGCUGGUCUUGACAUUCUGAUGAUACUUGAUGAGACGUAUCCUGAUGAUAUUGUGACGAUCAUAUCGGGAGUUCUGACUCCCAUGCUCCCCACCCUACCUGGAUGGAAUGAGGUCAUCUACCCCAUCCUUGGUAGGUUAGACUUGGCCAUGAUGAUGGUAGAUGAUCUGUAUCUAUCACUUCCUGAGUGUGAAUCGGAGAUUCAAGCCAUACUAGACAACGAUACCAUCGUUAAUGCGGCAAUACCAGUCAUCUUAGCUGAGCUUCCUAACAUAACAUUGGCGUGGAACGAAGUGAUGGAAUAUCCCUUGCAAAUACCUGUGCUCAGCAAGAUGAUCUUAGAACUAUUGAAAGGCUCUUUAGAAGGCAUCUCUGAUGAUCCUACGUACUUGAUCGAGCUCCUGACACCCCAUAACGCUACCUCUGGGCCACCUACAGCAAUUGUUGACUUCAUAGUUAGUCUGGAUAGGAUCCUUCUCACUGACUUUGGCCAGCAGCUAAUGGAUGUCUUCAAGAUCAGAGAAAAUGCUGAAAGAUUGGAUAUCAUGACCGACUUCGCCAAUCCUGAAUUGCCACCUUUCGAUGCUGCAUUCUUCAAUCGUACCAAUCAGUUUUGGCUAAGGGUCAGUAAUUGCAUUAGUACACCUGAUGUGUGCCACAUAGAUCUCCGUGCCCCAGCUACACUAGAUAUCCUCUUGAAGCUUCUUGAGAUUCCUCAACAAUUGCCGGGAGGAAACUUGGAAAAUUUGGGAGAUAUAUUUAACAUCCUUGUUCCAAUCGUAGAAGACUUCUUGAAGCAGAUUGAGAAUGGGACAUCUGAGUUUGAAAAUACACUCAACUUAGUCUUCACCUUCCUCGACACAGUCUUUGAAUCUAAUAAAGUUCCCUUUCAUGAUGUUCUGUCAUUCUUUGAGUUUGAGGAGGCACUGUUGAAUGGUUCCAGUUUCUAUCAGUUUCUGAGGGAGAACACAGACCUUACAGACAUUGACAUUGGAGCUCUUAGGAAUGGAUCAAUUAAUGUCACAGUUUUAUUCGAACUCUUUGAUGUUGGAUUAAAAGACUCUAUACAUCUGCCAUGUGAGGGGAAUUUGCUUGAUGAACUAUUCCUCAACAUCAAUAACUCACUGAAGGAUAAUAUCCUCAUGGGAUUAUGUAGCAAUGGAACACUCGUUGCUGUGGAAUUCCUUCGCAGCAACAUCGACAUUGGAACACUUGUUGAUAUGAUAAGCAAAAAUGCUGGGCAGACAUUUCCAGAAUUCCUUCUCGAGACCCUGGGAGCUAUCGGGGACUUGCCUGAGGUUGACUAUGAGGCGCUUGGAGAGUUUGCAGCAAUAGUCGUUCCAGCGCUCUUUGAAGAUGGCAUCCCAACGCUCUCUGAUCUCGAUACACUGGCGGAGAACAUCAAUAUUACGAUCAGAGCCCUUAGAAGUGUUGACUCCUUAUUGACACUCACAGAAGGAUUAUUUGAAGAUUUUCCGAUCUACGGUGAUGUUCAGCGUCUCGUGGAAACUCUACUGGACAACAUCUACGUCCUUGAACUGUUUGUUCAAAUCCCAGACUUGACUGUGAAUAGAAUUUUGAAGGAUGAACGUGUGCUUGAAGACUUUCUUGUUGCGAAUACGGAGCUCCGUAAGAGCGAAGCACGGGACAUCACGUAUGCAACGUUUAACCUUGAAGAGCUGUUCCUAACAGAAGUCAGCAAUAUCCUUGAGAUGCUUUGUGAUCCGGACUACCUAUCCAACCUCCUGGCUUUCCCAAAUCAAACCGAUGUUACAGCCGUGACAGGAGCCAUGUGUAGUCUUUCCGGCAAUGAGAUUGCUCUGAUUCUCGAUGCUGCGCUCCCGUUUGUCGAUGUCAGUGCAGUGGUCAAUGUGAGUUACAUGGCUGACAGUUUUGAUGGGGCAUUCAGUAUCAGCAACAAAACUAUCAAUGAUGUCAUGCGAUCUAUUGAAUCAUUGGAGUCCAUUUCAGCAGUCUUACCGGCCCUGCAGGAAGCGCUCUCUGGUUUUGAUGAUGAUCCAGCAUUAGAAAGAUUGAGGGAAAUGGCCCAACUUGGAUCCUUUACAGGGGAAGAGAUUUCUGCAGUUACCCAAGAGAUAGUGUGUGGUAGGACCAGUCUGAGAACUCGUAGAGAUGUGGACGAUGGAAGAAGGAGAUUUGAUAGUACGCCUAUCUCGGGCAAUAGAGAUGGAUUCUGUGCCAACAUCUUCAGUUCCAUCGUGAAUGGCAUUGAUGGACGCCUGGUCUGGGCCUAUCUCAAGCCUAUAGUAGAGGGCAGCAUUCUUUAUUCUCCGGAUAUUCCUGCCGUCAGGCGAAUCAUUGAAAAGGCAAAUGCAACAUUUGAGAAUAUUGCCCUCACCCAACGGUUUGCUGAUGUCUGGCUGACGAGUGGAGAAGAUCUGCAAACAGCUCUCGAUCCUGAUACCCUUACUGCUACCAUGGCGUUACUGGAUAAUUCAUAUAUCCAAGGCCUUCUUGAGGAUCAGUAUAGUAUCAGCAUUGAUCAGUUCACGGAGGUCCUCAAUGGGAACGUAACAGCUAUGGAUCCAGCUCAAAUCCAGACCCUGAACUUGCUCGCUGAGCUCGUCAGCAAUUUGACGACCUGCUUCAACUUGAACCGGUUUAUCGGUUACGCCAACGAGAACGCCAUGGUCCAAGCUGCCAGAAACUUAGACCAGGAUAAUACGUUGCUUGCUGCUGUGGCGUUCGAUAUUCCUGCAGAUGCCACGGAACUCCCUGCUCACAUCAAGUACAAGAUUCGUAUGGACACGGACAAUACCCCACCCACGGACAGGCUACGAGACAUCUUUCUGACACGUUCAGCAGCCAAUGACUUUGUAUUUGAUUUGCGAUACCUUCGCGGUUAUAUUAUGCUUCAAGAUAUGAUAGAGGGCAGCAUUGUGUCGUUGCAAGCCAGUCCCGACAUCCAGCCUCCUGGGGUGUAUCUUCAAAUGACGCCCUAUCCACGCUUUUUAAAUGAUCGGUUUGCUUCUGUUUUCACUCUCAUCCUUCCUCUGGUGAUGACCGUAAGCUUUGUGGUUUUGAUCGGGGUCAUGACUCAUCAACUCGUCUACGAGAAAGAAAGGGGAAUCGAAGAGUUAAUGAAGGUGAUGGGCCUACCAUCCGGUGCCAACUGGUGGGCGUGGUUUAUAUUCAACACCCUCCUCCUCUUCCUGCUCUCAUCCGUGGUUGUCAUCAUCUUGAAGUUUGCUAGCAUCUUGCCGAUGACGGACUGGAGUCUCCUCCUUGUAUUCUUCCUGGACUAUUUCUUCUCUCUCAUUAUGUUCUGUUACCUAGCCAGUGCUGUAUUCUAUCGGGCAAGCAUUGCAUCCCUAGCAUCAAUCCUGAUAUAUCUAAUCUUCUACCUGCCGUAUCUUGCGGUCUUUGCCUCGGAAUCUCUGUUCGAUGCCUUGUGGAAGCCUGUAGUAACGAGUAUAUUCUUCCCGUCCACCUUCAGUAUCGGUUGUGUUAUUAUCAGUCAGUUUGAGAACCUCGGCUCCGGCGUGCAGUGGGAUCUGGUAUGGCACAAUCCCCAGGAGGAAGAGGUCACGACUAUGGCGUUCGUCUUCAUCGCGCUGGCAGUAGAUGGCACUAUUUACUUUAUUUUGGGCUGGUACAUCAAGACUCUCUUCCCCGGGAAAUAUGGCAUCCCAAGGAAGUGGUACUUCCCACUUCAGCCAUCGUUCUGGUGCCAGUGCUCGAUGUCCCGUAAACGUGACAUGAAGCAGUACAUCAACUCGGCUUUCGAUCCGGAGUCUGGAUUAGCAUUAACCGAUCAAGGUCCUGUCGUAGAGGAAGAGCCUUCCAACCUCCCUGUCGGAAUUGCCAUCCUGAAUCUCACCAAGGUGUACAGAUCAUGCUUGAAGGACGAGAAAGUUGCUGUUGAUAACCUGACGCUCAACUUCUUUGAAGGUCAGGUGACUGCAUUGCUGGGACACAAUGGAGCAGGAAAGACAACUACUAUUAACAUUGUCACGGGUCUCUUCCCAGCAUCCUCUGGCAAGGUUUAUUUGCAUGGCAUCAACGUCGCAAAGAAAGCAAGUGCUCAGAGAGAUAAAUUGGGUGUCUGCGUCCAGCACAAUGCCCUCUAUGACAAUCUAACUGUGAGAGAACACAUGGCAAUGACUGGUAGGAUUAAAGGCCUCACUGGAAAACAACUAGACAACGACAUCUACACUUUAAUGGAAGAUGUGGGCCUCCUCAAGAAAUCGGAAGAACAGGUCAGGAACUUAUCUGGUGGAAUGAAACGCAAGCUCUCCGUCGCAAUGGCAUUUGUCGGGAAUUCUAAAAUAGUUAUUUUGGAUGAGCCAACCAGCGGAGUUGAUCCCCAUGCCAGAAGGGCUAUCUGGAACCUAAUCAUGAAACACAAAACAGGUCGCACUAUUUUGCUCUGCACACACUUCAUGGAUGAAGCGGACAUCUUGGGAGACCGUAUCGCCAUCCUGGAUCGGGGCCAUCUCCGUUGCUGUGGGUCACCAGCCUUCCUCAAGUCUCGCUUCAGCUCGGGUUACCGACUCAGUCUGGCCAAAGCAGCGACCAGCGGAAAGGGCACACCCGUCAUGUCCGCAGAGAAUGACUUCAAGACUGGGGCUGUACCAAACAUCUAUGACACCAUGAAAUCUGCUAAUAGUGAUGCCCCAAGCUCUUCAAGUGGCAUAGCAAGCGAUCCUGGUUCAUCUUGUGAUGCCAGUCAUGUCACUGAUUUCAUCCAGCACCGCAUCCCGUCUGCCAGUCUCCAAGAUGACAUCGGCACGGAGCUGGUGUAUGCCCUCCCUGUAGACCAUGGAGAGAGGGAAAAGUUUCAGGAACUUUUUAACGACCUUGACAGCAAUCUUGAGGGACUUGGCAUCAAGAGCUAUGGAAUAUCUGAUACCACUCUCAAAGAGGUGUUCCUCAAAGUGUCCACAAACAGAUCCGUAGAUGGGGAGACGGAAAUACUCAAGAACAACAACUGGAGUCUGAGGCAGCCUGGCGAAAGCUUUACCACCGCAAGGGGAAUCGCUAAAGACAAGUCAUACCAACCUAAUGGACAAUUUGUUGAAGCAGGACAUGCAUCUGAAAAUAACUCUGUUCUGCUCAGCGCCUGGGGUAUAUUUGUGAAGAGAGUCCACUUCUUGAGGCGGGACUGGCAGGGGUUGGUCUGGACGGUCCUGAUGCCCGUUAUCAUGGUUGCCCUUGCCAUCGGCUUGUCCCAACUCAACCAGAUCGACCGAGAGUACCAGAGACAGCUUACACCUGCCAUGUUCAAUCCUAACAGCUAUGUCUUCUUCAGUGACGAAUCAGAGAAAGACAUGGGACAGAGAUUGACCGAUGCACUGAUCAACCCUCCGGGUCUUGGUACAACAUGUAUGGCAGACGCUGACCAAAAGGAUCUAUAUCCAUGUCAAGAAACCAACUCACACCUGAUAGACCAAAACUACAACUACAACCUGUCAUCCUUGGCUGAGGUCCCGGAGGGCCGAUGCCGAGAGAUCAACACCGGUUUUGGCCUGGAAUGUGACGAGGAUGCGGGGGGCAUACGCCCUCCCACCUGGGUCACGGAUACGCUCGUGUACCUCCAGAACAUCUCGGAGAAGGAGGACAUAGAUCGUUACCUCGUUGAUACCCAGUUAGAGUUUAGGAAUUCAAGGUUUGGAGGUGUUAGCUGGUUUGAUGUGAUGGAAUUGAAUCAGACGCUAACCAAGGCUUGGUACAAUAACCGUGCCUUCCACGCUAUGCCUACAAUGCUCAAUGUCAUGAAUAACAUCAUCCUGAGGGCAACUGUUGACAGCAAUUCAGAGGAAUAUGGUAUAACAGCGUACAACCAUCCACUGGAACUAUCUAAACAGGAUUUAGGUGUGGACAUCUGGCUGGAUGCGGCAAAGACUUUUGGCAUCGUUAUUGUCCUGGUUGCCGCCCUUGUGCUCAUCCCAUCUGCGUUCUCCAUGUUCCUCGUCAAUGAGAACAUCAACGGAUCAAAACGUCUUCAUUACGUCUCCGGUGUCGGCACCCUGACCUACUGGCUAACUAACCUCAUAUGGGAUAUGCUGAGUUUCUGCCUUCCCAUUGCCCUGAUGCUGCUAAUCUUCUACAUCUUUGACUUCCGUGGACUCAUCCUGGUGCCCAACGUUGGUGCGUUUGUGGCCCUCGUCUUCUUGUAUGGAUUUGCCAUCAUGACUCAGAUCUACAUCUUUGUUCCUUUCUUCAAAGAAGCUGGUAGUGCAUUUAUCUUUAUAUUUUGUCUUCUGCUUCUUGAAGCCGUUAUCACCAACAUUCCUAAUUGGCUUGUUGCAGUUGAUGUGGUAUCCGACAGCGAAACACACGCUUUUAAGAUUCUUAAUUACGUGCUGUUGGUGUUCAGCCCUUACUGCCUCUCAUCAGGCAUCCUCAGUCUGAUGCAGAACCAGGCUAUGGCAGACAUCUAUCAAGCCUUUGGGGUGGAUGAUGGUGUCUUUAAGGACCCCUACCACAUCCUCAAGUGGCACUAUGUUGCCCUGGCUGCAGAAGGUGCUCUGGCUUUCCUGGUUGUGCUGCUCAUUGAUGGCUUCAGGAAUAGCAGUUGUAGCAGUUGCCUGGACCCUGAUGUUGUUGGCCAAGCGGAUUGCCAUGACAAUGAAGACGUGUUGGCUGAGAAGGAGAAGGUGCUUACAGGAGGAAGUAAAGGAGAUGUCAUGGUUCUACAGGAGGUCAGAAAGGUGUAUCGCGGACCUGGCAAGCAGCGAAUCGUAGCUGUCAACGACCUCUACUUGGGAGUAUCUAAAGGCGAGUGCUUUGGGUUAUUGGGUGUCAAUGGAGCUGGAAAGACGUCAACUUUCCGCAUGAUUGUUGAAGACCUGUCACCAACUCAAGGCAGCAUCAAGAAGAGAGCUCAAAGCAUUGGCUACUGCCCGCAAGAGAAUGCCAUGUACCCCCAGCUCACUGGUGAAGAGCUCCUCUAUUGCUAUGCUAGGAUGAAAGGCAUUACCAGCUCUGGCAUAGGCACGGCAAUCAAUGAGAUUUGUGAGGAACUUGGAAUGGAGCGAUACCUGAGAAGGAGUAUCUCUACUUACAGCGGAGGGAUGAAGAGGUGUUUAGCUGUGGCCGUUGCACUGUUAGGCAAACCAGAACUUAUUCUCAUGGAUGAACCCACCACCGGAAUGGAUCCAAUCACCAAACAGCGAGUCUUGACGAGUAUUGUCAACGUGGUUCGGGAUAACCGCUCAGUCAUCCUCACUUCCCAUAGUAUGGAGGAAUGUGAAGCCGUUUGUACCAGACUUGCCAUAAUGGUUAACGGCCAGUUCUGUUGCCUUGGAAGUCCUCAGCAUGUGAAGAAUCGUCAUGGCAAUGGUUACUCCUUGGUGGUGCGAGGGCAGAAAACUGCAAAGGCAGACAUGAGCCUCAUUACUGAGUUUGUACACAGGAGCUUUCCGGGGGCUGAACUGAAGGAGCAUCACCACAAUGUGGUACGCUUCCAGUUGCCUCCCCACAACAUUUCUGUGGCUACAAUCUUUGGUGUCAUGGAGAGGGAAAAGUCUUCCCUCAGUCUCGAAGAUUACUCGGUCUCACAAACAACUCUUGAUGAGGUUUUUGUCAACUUUGCCAAGAGGCAAACUGAUGGAUUAGAAGACGAGACCUCCUCUACCACCAGUGCCCAAGAAGUCAGUGUCAUCAACAGGGCCUUUGAACCUGAUCAGGAUCUUCAAGUGGAUGUUUUCGAUAGGAAUAGCAAGUCGAUUGGAACACAGUUCUGAUCUGAAAGAAAUUAUAAGCACAUCUGUCUCUUUCAGCCGUAAAUUGAAAUUUGUUGCUACGGCAGAUGGGUUUUAUAACAAAGCCAUUCGUUUUCCCGAGGAAUACCGAGUCGACUGGCAAACAGUUUUAAAUAAACCCCCCAAAGCAGACCCUUUUCAGCCGUACAUUAAUUUGAAGUUUGUUGCCUAUGCUCCAUGGUGUUUCAUGAAGUAAUUUGUGACUUUAAACAUGCAAAACUUGGGACUUGUUUAAUAACUAGUUCAAAUUUUCUUGUAAUAAACCAAGAUGCAAUGUCAUAGAAUCCUUAUAAAACUUUUGACAAAUAAUAAACAUGAUUCCAUUCAUGUGCUUGUUAACUAACAAUAAUUAUAUUCCACAAAGAUAAGUUUACUUAACUGUUGGAAUUAAAAAUGCUUGAGGAUCUGAUAACACAC